UAACUGUUCCAAGGAUUUCGCUUAAAGCAUCAAGGAGUAUCCACGGGAAACUUUCAGAAUUCGGUGGCGCUAUCGGAAGAAUCUUUCUAUUUUCCGCACAUUAAAGUGGAUAGUUCUUUUUCUUAGAGAAGCCCUUGGAAGGCUCUUAUCGAUGUUUUGCACCGGUGCUCCAUUUUAUUCCAUCGUGUAAAGAAUCAUGUGUCUUCGGGUCAGGCCGGAGAGGCACAAAACGUGAGAGAUUCGUGCCAGAUCUUUUGAUAAUUAAUAAAUAACUCGCAUGGGGAACGAAGCGAGCCAAGAGGGGGAAGAAGCAGGUGGUGGCUCUCAGCCGCAGCAGCAGCCGCAACGACAGCCACCGCACCUGGUCACCCAGCAGUCGAUGCCCUUGCCCAGCAGCCAGGUUCAGGGGCCCGAGUCGCCGUCUCCGGGCGGCGGCGGGAGGCGGGGCAGCGCGGGGCCCCAUCUCAUGAUGAGGCGGGCCUCGAGCUCCGGAGCCCCGCCGGCCCCCGGCCCCAAGAGGGGCUCCAUUGUGGAGCUGCCGGCCGAGGUGGACUUAAGCAAUCUGUCUGAAGAGGAGAAAGCAAAAAUCCUUUCUGUCAUGGCACGAGCUCAAUCUCUGGAAGAGGAUUUACCGUCUCCGAACAAGGAAACUGAAGUGACACGUCAAGAGCCGAAAAAAGAACAAGAACAUUGUUCGAUCUGUCGUGCCUCCCCCAGGGAGUCGGCUUGUGUGGAAUGCGGAUCGGGAGUUUGCAGAAAAUGUUCGAAACCGAUCCCUUCGGGAAAAGUAAGCUUUCAUUCACUUAAAGUAUUAAUUUGUUCAUUCAGUUGGGGAGGAAACGAACCCGUUUUGGAUUCACUUUCAGAGCUGCACUCCUUCGCUUUCAGGCUAUGUUUUGAAAGAGAUUGCAUUAAUUUUUGUGCAUUUUGCGUUUAUCUUUCUAAUAGAAUUGCGUCUCUUUUCAAGUUAUUUGACAUAUAUGCAUGUGAGAAUGGAGUUUAGAAAAGAGCGGGUAACAACAAUAGCCUAUGUAACUACGAUAUAUAUAGUAGUGUUGCUAUUACUCUCUGUGUACUAUAAUGAGCGAAUGUAUGAAGUCGGAGCAAUUCUUACAGAACUCAUGCGUCCAUCAUUUAUAUCUAGUAAUACUCUCCCAACCUUGUGAUUUUGUCUUAUAUUUUGUCUUUUGUUAUGAUUUUGUCUUAUAUUUUGUCUUUUGUUAUGAUUUUGUCUUACAUUUUGUCUAUUUCUCUACCAUUUAUGACACUUUUAUAGCGUUCUUAGCCUGUACCAAUUAUGGUCCUCGGUUUUAAUGAUGAAGAUCAUAUGUAUUAUUUCUCAAAGGUGUAUUUUUUUGUAGAAUC